AUGUCGCAGGCAGGAGCAGAGAGGUGUCCUCUUUCAUCUUACCUUUGUCUCUCCUCUCCUCUCCUCUCCUCUCCUCUCCUCUCCUCUCGCGUGGCCCGUGCAGACACUGUGGUGAACAUGCGGAAGGUGACCCACCAGACCAUCAGUGAGGAGCUGUCCAAAACUGUCCUCCUUCCCUGCCUCUUCACCCUGCGCCCCAGCACCGGUCCCUCCCACGAGCCCCCGCGGAUCAAGUGGACCAAGGUCUGGGGCCAGAGAGGCUCCGACGGCCUGCAGAAGGAGCAGUCGGUCCUGGUGGCCAAAGACAACGUGGUCAAGGUGAAGAAGGCCUUCCAGGGUCGUGUGACACUGCCCGGCUACCACGACAACCGCUACAAUGCCAGCCUCGCUCUGAGUGGCCUUCGUUCCAGCGACUCGGGUCUGUACCGCUGCGAGGUGGUGGUGGGCAUUAAUGAUGAGCAGGACACAGUGCCCCUGGAGGUCACAGGUGUGGUGUUCCACUACAGGGCUCCUCAUGACCGCUACGCCCUGUCCUUCCCUGAUGCCAAGAGGGUGUGUCUGGAGAACUCUGCAGUCAUAGCCACACCAGGCCAGCUGCAGGCCACCUUCGCUGAUGGCUAUGACAACUGUGACGCUGGAUGGCUGUCUGACCAGACAGUACGGUAUCCCAUCCAGUCACCCCGACCUGGUUGCUAUGGUGACCGUGAGGACUCACCUGGGGUCCGUAACUAUGGCAAUAGGUCCCCUGAUGAGCUGUUUGAUGUCUACUGCUUUGCUAAGCAGCUGCAAGGCGAAGUGUUCCACUCCUCUCUGCCAGAGAAGCUGAGCCUGGCAACAGCAUCCACCCACUGCCACUCCCUUGGAGCCCAGCUGGCCACUGUCGGGCAGCUCUACCUGGCCUGGCAGGCCGGUCUGGACCAGUGUGACCCCGGCUGGCUGGCCGAUGGCAGCGUCCGCUACCCCAUCAAUGUCCCGCGAAGGAACUGUGGCGGGGAUGAGCCUGGCGUGCGGACUGUCUACAACAACCCAAACCGCACUGGCUUCCCCGACACCACCGCCCUGUUUGACGCCUACUGCUACAGAGCUCACCAGGUGGCAGGGGUCCAGGCUGCAGAGGCACAAGGUCAGUACCAGACCACAAACCCAGCAUCAGGGGCCAUCCCCUCAGUCACUGAAGCCCAGCAUGGUGCACCUUUCUCCAAGUCUUCCACAUGGACCGGCCUGGUCAGCUUGGCGAAGGCAGGAGUCCAUUCCAUUGCUGGUAGCAGCAACUCCUCUGAGAUUUCUGAGGAGCAUGUCGUCAUCCACUUGCGUCCCGGGGAGAACUUGCAGGACUGGGAGGGCAUCCAGGCUGAGCCCAAAACCAGCCAAUCUAGCCAGGAGGACUCUGGAAACCCCAAGGUUAGCCACACUCUGGGCCUUUCUGCCUUGGAAAGACUGGAGAGCCAAGGAGGUUCUGCCCAUGAAGAAGAAGGAGAAGACGUCCAUUUAGGAUACUCUGACCCGCCGCCAUUAUCAUCGGUAUCAUCUUUCACUCCCCAGUCAUACAGCAGUAACAGUGUGUUGGCAGAGUUUGUUAGCACUCUGAUGAAGCCCUUUAGGUACUGGACAGGACAUGAGGUGGAGGGGGAGACAGAAAGUCCUCCUGUCACCACCACAGGGACAUUAGUGUCUGAGGACCAGGCACAAGGUGAAGCAGCUGGAGGAAUCUCUAGUGUACCAAAAGCUGGGGCGGGCAAAGGCAGCAUGGAUAAUGCUAUCAUAGAGCACAGGAGUGGAAUGUCUUCAUUCAAGCCUCCCACCGGUGGACUGCAGACCCCAAAGGAGGGUUUGUCUGAGCAGGAGAAAGAGGUGAUGCCACUUAUUCCAUUAAUACCUGCAGCCCAAAAAACAGGGCACAGUGAUACCACCAUUCAGCCGGAAGAAAGGGACCCAAGCACAUCUCUUACCAAUAUACCAUCCACUGUUAAUGGCUCCAAUGAGAGAACUGCACCAAGUGAACCUGUCAACAUGUCAAGUCCUCAGGGCCCCAAAGGAGGCGUGGCCUCAGCCCCGGCCCCAAACAGCCAGUUCCGGUGGGCCAUCAAGUCUAUGCGUGGCACCAAACUAGGUCCCCCUGGAAAUGUGGCAUAUGUAGGUAAAAGCUCCACCUGGGAGCCUAUGGAAGCCAAAGCAGGGCCCAUGGAGGUGAUGACCCUGCCCACCUCCCUCCGGCAGGAUGUCCCAGAAAACUACUCUGGUGAGGGGAGGGACCAGGAUGAAGAAGGGAGCAACAUCCCACCAUCCUCCAGAACCACCGCAGAGGAAGUAAAGGAGACAGAGGGAAGUGGUGAAGGAACCAACUUCCCAGGUGGCAGUAUUGUCAAACUCAGUAAUGAUACAGAGUCUUCAUUCACCCAAGGUCAGACUGAUCCUGUGACUGUGGCUGAGCUCACAACUCUAUCCCAGUGGCAGCUGGUAGAACAGCCUACCACUCCACCACAGGGGCCCAAAGGGCCAGAGACAGCAGAAGAGGCCAGGGGAGAAAUCCUCUAUGUCCACCGGCCAACAGAGCAUCUCUCCUCUGCCCCCUUAAACAGAAGAGAUGGCAAUUCUAAUUCAGCAUUUACCCCUGUUUUUAGGAAGCAGGGCAAGAAACCAGCCAGGGGAACAAGUAGAAAACCAAGCUGGGGGGAGGUCACCACAUCUGAGGUCAUGACCUCCACUCCUGAAGGCCUCAUGGAGCCCCGGACAACCUCUGAGACAACCACAGCAGAGCUUCUCGUGACAAGAGACACACAGAGAACAGAUCCCACCACCACAACAACUACCACAGAGGACUCACCAAGCCCUGAUUCCACCAAGGAACCACCCAUUUCUGUUGCAUGGGUUCAGACAAAGACAGAGAAAACAGCAAAUGCUUUUGACCCACAGUCUCACCUCUCGGCCUCUCUGGUAUCCAAUGACGGAUCUCAAACAACUAUAGCCGUUGUUCAGUUGACUACCAUGGCUUCAUACCCCAAGGGUGGCGCCACUGAAAUGGAAUCCAGGUCAGCUGUGUCUGAGUCCUUUGUGGUGGGCAGCCAUUGGACACCUUUCAAGGGGGUGAACCCCAAGCAGAAGGAAGACCAAGCCCCUGUGACAACAGACCACACUGACAAGAAUCCCUUUGGCAUCAUCAUUCCCAACUGGGGCUUUGGGCUGAACCCAUCAGUUGAGAAUAACCCAUGCCAGACCAACCCCUGUCUCCACGGAGGGAGCUGCCUGCAGGAGGGUGACGGCUACAGCUGCUACUGCCCUCAAGGCUUCUCUGGAGAGAGCUGUGAGAUUGACAUUGACGACUGCCAGUCCAACCCGUGCCAAAAUGGGGGAACCUGCAUCGAUGAGAUCAAUUCCUUCGUGUGUCUUUGCCUGCCCAGCUAUGGUGGAGCUACAUGUGAGAAAGACACGGAGGGUUGUGAGCAUACAUGGAGGAAGUUCCACGGCCACUGCUACAGGUAUUUCAGCCGGAGACACACGUGGGAGGAUGCUGAAAAAGACUGCAGGGAGCACAGCGGCCAUCUGGCGAGCAUCCACAGCCUGGCAGAGCAGGACUUCAUCAGCGGUAUAAGUCAUGAUAACACCUGGAUUGGGUUAAAUGAUCGUACGGUGGAGGAUGACUUUCAGUGGACCGACAAAAUGGACCUGCAAUAUGAGAACUGGCGUGAAAACCAGCCAGACAACUUCUUCGCCGGAGGAGAGGACUGUGUGGUCAUGAUUGCUCACGAGAAUGGCAAAUGGAACGACGUGCCCUGCAACUACAACCUGCCCUACGUCUGCAAGAAAGGAACAGUGCUUUGCGGAGCUCCACCCAAUGUGGAUAACGCCUUCCUGAUUGGUCGAAAGCGCUCUCACUACGAUAUCCACUCUGUGGUGCGCUACCAGUGUGCCGAUGGCUUCCUCCAGCGCCAUGUACCCACUGCCAAAUGUCGUGCCAACGGCAAGUGGGACAGACCCAAAAUCAUCUGCACAAAGUCGGCCCGGCGGUCCCACCGUUAUCGGCGCCACCACCACAAGGGCAGGAGGGAGCGCAGGAAGCACAGGAAGCACGGCCACAGAGAGGGAGGGCACCACGGAGGAGAGCAGGGCCAAGGCCACAACCAUGCCCACUUCUGA